AUGGCAGUCGUGCCGAAGAGAUUUCUGAAGCAUUUUGCUAGAAAGUUGACAGGAACCAUCAAGUUAGAGUCCCCUAACUGUGGUCCAUAUGAUGUUGAAGUUACAGAGCACUGUAACAAGGUAGUGUUCCGACAUGGAUGGGGGCAAUUUGUUGAGUCCCAUCACAUAAAAGAAAAUGAUUACUUGCUGUUUCGUCACGUUGAGAGAUCUUGUUUUGAGGUUUUGAUCUUUGAUUCUGAUGGCUGUGAGAAAGUGUUUCCUUGUGCUGGCAUAAGAAGUGUAGAUUACGUUGAUAUCUCAAGCAGCUCUCAUCAUGAGACCGCAGAAUCAUCAGCAAGUGAAAGAUUUGUUAGGUGUCAGAAAGGAGAAGAUAUUCCAUCUGAAGACAAAUCUUCUGAGUCGGAUGAUCUUCAGACACCCCUGAGGCAACAUUAUGUUUUGUCACUAAGAAGCUACUUAUCUGAAACACAAGAGGAGAGAGUAAUUGCGCUUAUCCAGGAAAUUCAACCUGAAAGCACUGCUUUUGUGGCAGUCAUGAGGAAGAGCCAUGUUCAACCACCUUGUCCUUAUCUGGUUAUUUCUAAGGGAUAUGCACUUGCACAUUUUCCACGUAAAAGCAUGAAUGUGACUCUUCAGAGGCCAGGCAAGAGCAAGAAGCGGCACCCCAAAUUCUGCAAAAGAAAAGAUGCAAGAAUGGGUGGAUCUGGUAAGAGGGGAAGCUUAAACUGUCAAAAGGAAACAGCAAAGAAGGCUGCAACAUCCUCACUGUAUGAGGAAUCAGGAGAAGAUAGUCUAUCUGGCUACGAAUCUAUCCAGUCAGAUCAUGUCAUGGCAUUCUCAGAGCGUAAUUAUGUCUUAUCGGCACGGUGCCACCUGACUGCAGAACAAGAGGAGAAAAUAGUUGCUCUUGUCAAGAAAGUUCAACCAGAAAUUCCUUUCCUUGUGGUUCAAAUGAAGAAGAGCUAUGUCAACCAUCUUAGAUCUGAUCUGGUCAUUUGUAAGGGUUAUGCAGCACAACACUUUCCUCAAGAAAGCCAAUCCAUCACACUUGAACGCCCAGGAGGGAAAAAGUGGCGUUCCAGGCUCCAUGUUAGACCUGAGGGACGUGGAUACAUGCUAACUACGCGAUGGCAAAACUUUGUCCGUGAUAACCAUUUACAGGAGGAUGAUAUAUGCCUGUUUCAACCGAUGCCAAGUGAAAAAGGUUUCAGAGUGAUGGUCCAUCUGCUUCGUGAGCGAAGCGCUAGUUCCUCUUCCUCGGAUGGGCAUGCUCAUGGCUUACACAGCCAUAUAAAAAGAGGACUGACAUCAACUGCGCAUGUUCAUGAGAAAUCAGGCAGUGAGAAUUCUGGAUCGUUGGACCUGCAUAAGCGUCAACCUGUGCAGCAAGGGCAUCAAGUUUUGAGUGACUGUGGGGGGCCUUCUAGUUCUAAGCCUCCUCUCUACGUGGUACUGGGCGGCACCUGUUUAACUCCAGCACAAGACAAGGCAGUGCAAGAGAAAGCCAUGGCCAUUAAGGCUGAAGUGUCCAUUUUUGUGGCGACCAUGAAUAAGAAAAUUCUUGGCUACAACAACGAAGCUUUCAUCCUAGACUUCAGUGAUACCGCUGAGUAUCUUCCAGACGGGAAGCAAUCUCUGACGCUCCGUUGGCAGGGGCAGGGCAGGGCGUGGCGCACAGACUUGCACAACCGGCUGAUGCUUGCCACCGGAGAAUGGCGCGAGUUUGUCCGCGACAGCGGCCUGGAGGACGGGGACAUCUGCCUGUUCGAGCCGAUGAAGAAUGAGAGGCUUGCCAUGCUGGUGCACAUCAUUCGCAGCAAGCAGUACUCUUAA